AUGGAGCAUGCCGGAACUCCGGUAGCGGCUGGGCCGCCGGAACCGUUGGACCAAAGCUACCAGUUAGACUUUGACCCCAACGCCGGGUUUGACGUGGAGCGACUCGAACUUGGCCUAGACGGAUCAUAUGAAGAGGUGGAACACAUCCUCGUAGCAGGUACAUUCGACGAUGGCGCAACGUUGGACGUGGAUCCCGAGCACGAUGUUGCGCUUCAAGAGGCACAUACUUCCUUCUCGGACGACGACCAAACGGAAACGACAAAAGCCGCCGAAGAUGCUGAUCAUAACGACGAAGUGGACUACCAGGAUGAGAUUGGGUACGAGGAUGAUGACUUGGCAAUCACCGACUUCAAUGUCGGUUCCAGUGCCACAAAACCUGGUGGGGCAGACGAUGGCUUGCAAAGUGCAGCCUCGGAGGUUCAUGCAGGCAACAUCGAACCAGUCGAUAAGAGGACCCAGGACGCGUCGACCCAGGAGAAUGAUUCGUCCUGGGAUCAGGAACUCGACUUUGAGGAGCAGGACGCGAGCUUCUACCGUCCGGACAAGCUGGUCGACGUCGCCGAGGAACAGGCUGCCGAGGAACAGGCCGCCGAAGAAGAGACAGACGGCCAUGUAGAUGAAAACGAUCUGAUUGUCGAUGACUUCGAUAACUGGGCUGGCCACGAGCAGUCCGCUGUCGAUCAGCAGGAUUCGGAGUUUGGCAACGCCCUGGAAGACCUCUCGCAGUUUGUUCCUCCAGUUCCCCGGAUAGAGGUUCUCUAUGACGACUCCUCUUACGCUUUAGUUGGGGCUCCGGGUGAUGACCCGGAUUCCUACUUCCUGUCCGAAGCCAAAGAGCUUGAUCAUCCGCUGUCGCAAUUCCUCUCUGCACUUCGCGCCGUCAUAUCCGACGAAAUCUCGACAGCAGACGAGCUAGUGAUCCGCUUUGAUCCUCUCGACCUGGAGUUCGGCGAGCGGUCGAACGAGAAUUUCUUGAACCGCAGCUUCCGUGAAAUCCUUGAUUGCCAUGCAACGCUCAGCCAAGUCCGUGGCGUAUCUGCGCAUCCUGUCAUCCAGCUGUCUGUACGGCGUGACGCCGAGGAGCAUUUCCUUGAACUUCUUGGCGAAGCGAAGCUGGUUAAGGGCGUGCCCCAUGACGCAGAGGACUCCGAGAUGUCAGAAGACUCGGACGACGUCCCCGCCGACGCCGCCGCCGAUGAUGGGCACGCGGAAGAUGCGGCGUUCAAGGGCGAGGCCCUAGAUGAUUACCAGGUUGUGGGUGAGGAUAUUGCCACGGACAAUGUCGAGGAUCAGAACGAACCCCAGCUCGCCGUUUCAGGUCAGAAUGAUGUGGCGGGGGAACCAGGAAUUUCGCAGUCUCGUACCAGUGCGCCUCAGUCUCCGGGCGUUACGGCAGAGGCCAUUCAGAGCGAGGAGCAUCCGGACGAUAUCCAACCUGAAGCUCAUUAUCAUGAGUCUGGCGAGGACGAGGCUGGGGAACAGGAAUCCUGGGAUGAAGAGGCGGCGGAGGGCGAUGCAGCACUUCAGCCAGAUGCCCAGACACCUGUUGACAUAUCUUCUGAGCAGACCUGGGUUGCAACUGGACAGCAGGAGAGCUAUGGGUCUCUUCAGGCUGAGAUAUCGACUGAGAUGUUCGACGAGCAAACAUAUGAGCCGACUGAACAACAAAUGAGCGACGAGUCUCUUCAGCCUGCGAAGUUGGUUGCAAGGGACAAUGUACCAGACCCACAACAAGCUGAGAGCACCCCCGAAUUGUCUGCUGAGCAGGCACACGAAGCCGGUGAAAAAGAGAGCGAUGCACUUCCUGAGAUCAUAGUUGAGAAAGCUGCUGCCCCUGAGGAUGGCGGGUUUGAACAAGAAGCAUAUACUAACGGUAAAUACCCUCCUCUUUUUGAUUCAGCAUCUCGUAUCUCCAGGAUUCGAAAAUUGCCGGCCACGAUCUCGCCCCUCCGCGGCAAUGAGGGUGCGAGUGUCUUCGCCGGCAAGAAGGUUUAUGACCCCGUCCCUUCGGCUGGGGCAGGAUGGAAGCAAUCAAGCGCUUCACAGCAACCUGCCGCGCAAGCAUUGGGCUCGGCCACAAAUCCUGAAGGGGAAGAAGUUUGGGAAAUCGAUUAUUCGGAUGACGAGCAUGAACCGACUCCCAGCAACAGCCCGGAGGCUGGUGCAUCGUCAGCAUAUCUGCCGCAAGCUCGUUGUGCGGUUUCCAUAGGAGCUGAGACCAAUCCCACGUGGAUCCGUCCUCGUUUCGUCGACUCAUUCCACACCAACAUGACUGAGUCUAGUGGCGUCAGUUUGACACGCUCAUUCGAUACUGAUGCUAACCAAGAUGCCGCUCAAGAUGAAGAUUUUGUACUCGCGUUCGACGAAGAACCCGCCGCUUCUACCAUCUGUGAGGAAGCGGAUGUGCAAGAUUAUACGAUCACAUACGAGGCCUCGGAUGUCGGCCAUGAUGCAGAGGGCAUGCCAGAUGCCAAUGCUGCCGAGGCUGCCGACGAAUCUCUCAGUAAGAAUACAGACAACGGAGUCGAUGCUCGCACAGCAGCGGAAACGUCCUCCAUCCAUACCAGCACGACCAUCAAUGGCGACGAGAUUGACUAUGAGGAGGACAAUGUCGCGGGCGACUCGCUCACGCAGGCAGACGACGGCGUGCGCCAGUCAGCAGCGGCCCCUUGCAUCAACAAUGACGAGAUCGACUGGGAGAACGACGAAGAUGGGUACGAGCAGCAGCCGGUGGAUGAUUAUGUCGGUGCCGAGUCGGAGGAGUCGAAGGCGGCUGCCUUGACCCCACCGAGCAUUGCCAGUAAACGAAGCAGGACUGACGAGACAGAGAGUCUGGCCGAUGAGACUGGUAAGAAAACCGGCCGCUCCAUCUGGGGAGAGCAUGGCGAGAAAUACUACGCUGGUUGUUAAGUCUACUAGUACAUUGUUUGACACUGGCCUCUUGUAGUUGCAACUACCAUCUGACCAUCACUGCUGUGAGCUAGACAUAUGUUUUCAGCGCUGUCAACUCAUGUGAUCAUAUACCUGAUACGUAGACGGAAACAGACAACAAACCUGGGAUGAUUUUAGAACUAUCUCAAACUUCGAUUCAACAACUGAGGGGUUUUACACAAUCCACAGCAGAGCUCAGCAAAGAGAGGGCAAGACUGACGUGGACUUGUGGCCACAAUGUGGAUUCUCUAGAGAUUGAGAGACCGAGGAAGGUUGUAAUCAGGCCCACAUAUGCACGUACCUGUAAGUGAAAUUGCUCGAAUCCGGAGUCUCGACACGGCCAUCUGCUGCAUAAGAAAUCGCGUAUAGAGAUUGCAUCUCUUUGUACAAGUUG